UGAGGCUAGUGGGCAGACCCCAAGACGCCCUGAACCAAUAGGCUGGGUGGGGCGGGGCGACCGUGGCGGCGGCGGCGGCAGCGGGUUCGGUUGCGCCUGGCGCACGGGGUGAGAGCGGAGCCCAGGCCGGGAGCAGGCGCCGCCGCCGCCAGCGACCAUGGGAAACGUGUUGGCCGCCAGCUCGCCGCCUGCAGGGCCGCCGCCGCCGCCGUCACCCGCCCUCGUGGGGCUGCCGCCGCCUCCGCCGUCGCCGCCGGGCUUCACGCUGCCGCCGCUCGGGGGAGGCCUGGGCGCCGGGGCGGGCGCGGGUCGAGGUGCGGAACGGACCCCCGGGGCUGCCGCCGCCAGCGGUGCUAGGGGCGCGGACGGUGGGGCCUGCGGCUGCCUGCCCAACCCGGGCACGUUCGAGGAGUGUCACCGGAAGUGCAAGGAACUGUUUCCCAUUCAGAUGGAGGGCGUCAAACUCACAGUCAACAAAGGGUUGAGUAACCACUUCCAGGUGAACCACACAGUAGCUCUCAGCACAAUCGGGGAAUCCAACUACCACUUCGGCGUCACAUACGUGGGGACAAAGCAGCUGAGUCCCACAGAGGCCUUCCCCGUGCUGGUGGGGGACAUGGACAACAGCGGCAGCCUCAAUGCCCAGGUCAUUCACCAACUGGGCCCCGGCCUCAGGUCCAAGGUGGCCCUCCAGACCCAGCAGUCGAAGUUUGUGAACUGGCAGGUGGACGGGGAGUACCGGGGCUCCGACUUCACGGCGGCCAUCACCCUGGGAAACCCGGACGUCCUGGUGGGCUCAGGAAUCCUUGUGGCCCAUUACCUCCAGAGCAUCACGCCGUGUCUGGCCCUGGGUGGAGAGCUGGUCUACCACCGGCGGCCUGGGGAGGAGGGCACCGUCAUGUCUCUAGCUGGGAAGUACACAUUGAACAACUGGCUGGCGACGGUAACACUGGGCCAGGCUGGCAUGCAUGCAACAUACUACCACAAAGCCAGCGACCAGUUGCAAGUGGGCGUGGAGUUUGAGGCCAGCACAAGGAUGCAGGACACUAGCGUCUCUUUCGGGUACCAGCUGGACCUGCCCAAGGCGAACCUCCUCUUCAAAGGCUCCGUGGACAGCAACUGGAUCGUGGGUGCCACGCUGGAGAAGAAGCUCCCGCCCCUGCCCCUGACCCUGGCGCUCGGGGCCUUCCUGAAUCACCGCAAGAACAAGUUCCAGUGCGGCUUUGGCCUCACCAUCGGCUGAGCCCCUCCUGGCCCUGCCUUCCACGCCCUUCCUCCUUCGGACCCCCUCCCCUUCCUUCCCUCCCUCCUCGGGGGCCAGGGGAGGCAGAGGAAAGGAGGGGCCCCAUCACCCCAGCAGCUGAGGAGGGGAUUCUGGGGCGCUUCAGGAUCCUGAGCCCCAGGGGCAGUGUGCCCAGUGGGCCUGGGCCCCAGGGAGACUGGAUCCGAGGGGAACUCGGGAUUCUGAGCACCAGGGGCAGAGGUGGCCAGACAACCUCAGGGAGGAGUGUCGGGGUGUCCCCACCCCCCCCAAAGGGCCCAGGGCCCGUCCCGUGGGGGCAGCAAGAAGAGGAGCUUCCCCAUCCCUGGCAGUCCGUCCCCACCCGUUUCCCACCAACCCCUCGUAUGAAUCAUGUUUAUAAGUUAUGGAAAAACUGGGACGUUUUACAGAAAAAAGAAAAAAACAACAAAAAAUAUACACGGAAAAAAAAAGCAAGGUCGGGGGGCCUCAGCUUUCCUGCGUGUGUGUCUGGGGACCCUGCGGCCAUGCCCGGCUGUCCCAAGGCCUGCCAGCAGAGGGGGCUGCAGGAGCGCCCGGCACUUGGUUCACCCUCGGCGGCUGCGUUCGCCAGGAGCCUGCCUGCGGCCGACUUCUCGGGCCUCCCCGCACCGGGAGGGGGGCCCUCGGGGUCCCUCACCCAGCCUGGCCUGUCUAGUGGCUGGGGGAGGCUUUGUCCCUCAACAGGCGUGUUGGUGCCUCUAAGUUGGGCAAAGAGGCCAGGACCUCAGGGUCUCUCCAGAUUCCAGAAAGCAAGAAAUGAUGGUGUUUGGGGUUUUUUCCCAUAGAAGUUUCACAAAGGAUUCCAGCGACCGGAAGUGCUUUAGAAUUACAAAGGGACCCCUUCCGGGCCUUGGCCAGGGCUGGAGGCCUGAACUUGGGGUCAUGAAAGAGGCGGGGUGGGCAGGGUUUUGCCAACAUUGACCUGAGGUUAACUGCCAGCUCCCCGCCCCGGGUCCCCCACACGGGAACUGACUGCCCAUCCCAUGGGGUCUGGGAGAGGGAGGCUGCUGGCAGGGUGGCCCCUAGUUACUCCCGAGAAGCCACCUCCCUGCCAGUGCCCUCGGGCCCGGCCCAGCCUUGGGGCUCCCUUCCUGGGACCCCGCAGAAUCCAGCGUCUCCACCCCUCAGACUGGGAGGGAACCCCAGGCCCGCAGUUCCGUGCGGCGCCCCCGGCGGCCUCCCCUCGGAGCCCGGGGCUCCUGGCCUGGGAAACCUGUUUUACAUAACAGGGCUGCCAGCGAGGGGGCGGCCCUGGCAGGAAGCCCUGGUGUGGCACCUGCUAUAUGCCAGGGACUGUUCCCAGGGCUGCCAUUAGCUUCUCGUCUCACCAAAAGAUGGUGCCGAUUUCCCGGUUUCAGGGAUGAAGGAACUGAUGCCCAAAGAAGCCACGUCAUUUGCCCAAGGUCACAGAGCUGGCAACCGCACGGCCAGGACCCGAGCCCGGCAGUUUGGGAGCAGAGUCCACGGCCCCAGCCAGGCAGCACUGCCCCUGUGGGCCCUGAGGACGGCGUCAG